AUGGCCCGGAAAAUAGUCUGCCGAACUAUUUGUACAACCACUUUUGCUGAAGGCGGGAAUACAGCUACUCACGUAUUCAACCGUACCCAAAUUCAAGAUUGCUACAAUUCACUAACAGCACUUGAGGCAACCCAAUCCAGUCGAACGGAAGGCUCACAUGGCUACGAGAAAAUCCUCGGCCGGUUAAAUCCAAAUUCAUUGAUUUACCUCAAUUUUGACAUUGAUAUGUUAGCAUUGAAUCCAUAUCAGACAACAAUUUGGUAUGAUCAUCCCGGAGAAAAAUGUACCAACUGGAGUCUCGGUUACGAUCCGAAGCUAGCUGUAGCAGCUCUUGACGAAUGUUUAGAAGAGGGCAGCAAUUUGGGUCGUCUGCAAUCGCUUGCAAUAGGAGAUUAUCAUCCGCACAUGAUCGAACAUUGGCGGGAAAGUACUCCAAACUUCCAAGUUUGUAUUGGCAAAGGCCUUCACAAUUUGAGAGAAUUAACUUUCGUUAUUAGUUCGCCAAUGCCUCUGGCGCGGAUUUCCCAGGCAUGCUUUGAUACGGAGCUGCAGGAAAAGUUUGCACGCGAUGUUGUCAGUAUGUUCGAGAAAGAAAAGUUGUCGAAUCCUUCCUGCAAAAUCCCACUUGUAUCCGUCGUUAGGCACGACGAUCCUCGAGCGCCGUAUUUCGACGAUGUAUUGAAGGAGGCGGAGGCGAGCAGGGAGGCGAACCAACGGCGAUUUCUCGCAGCAGAAGCCAACAGUGACAACUCUGUUAUUACUUAA